AUGAUAAUUUAUUUGCGGGAGCUCAAAAUGAAAUCAAAUAAAGAAAUGAAGAAGGAACUUUUCCUGACAACUGAACAAGAUUGGCAAUAUCUUGAAGCAAAUUGGAUGGACUCUUGUAAGUGUAGUGAACCAUACAAUUCUCAUACUGAUUUUCAUUUUUCUGCUCUGUAUCUCUCGCUCUUAGCAAGAUCAGGUCAGAAAUCAAAAAAUAAAGAAGGGAUAAGUGGUUUUGAAACUUUAGAAUGCAAAUUGGAUGCGAACUCUCUUCACAUCUCCAACAUUUGUGUUCAAUUUUAUUUUCAAUUCGAAAUCAGACAGACGAAGGAAGAAAAGAAAGCAGAAAUGAUGUUUCUGAGACGAUGGCUUGGCAUGGCAUGGCAUUGA